AUGCCUGGCCCAGAACCCAUUCCAUUUAUUGGCGAGGCUUAUAAUAUUAUACGCAAGGGUCUUAUUCAAAACGACAUAGAUCUUGUUCAAAAAUACGGCAAAAUUAUUGGGUAAGUGAGAGUUCAUUCUGUAUAAAUAUAAAGAGAACUUUCAGUCUUAUGCUUGAUUCAAUCAAUAUUUCUGCAUUGAACAAUGAAAGUGGCUAUGGACACUCAGACAGUCAUAAAAAAUAUUUAGCAAAGAUAAAAUUAGAUCAGUCUUAUAUGUACUUGAUUUUUGACAUAUAUGAAAUGCCUUAACUUAAUAGUAGUUUAACAUCAUUAAUUUCUUACUAUAUUCAAAAAAAUGUACAAAUCAAAUAUUACAAUUGCAUAAAUAUAAAAAAAAUUUUAAUUUAGAUAAAUAUCAACCGAUUUAAGGGUGUGCGUGUAGUAUAGAUGACAUGAUACUUCUGUUUCUUACUCCACACCCACAUCCAUCCUUGACUUAUUUUCACUUAUACCUUAGUUUUUUUACUAAUUUUAUGCUACAAAAGGUAGUUUGGCAUAGAGAAUCUAAAUCUGAAGUCAGUUUUAAUGAAUUAUUAACUAGACACUAACUAGUCAUUAAUUAGUGAAGCCGAUUUUUAUAAUAUUGAAAAAGAUGUAUUCGAAGGUGGAGAAUCCGAAUCUGAUGUUAGCUUUAAUUAAUUAUUAACCGAUUAAUUAAUAAUUAUUAGUUAAUUAGAAAAUGGAACCAAACAGUCCGAUGAAACCUCAUUAGAAUUAAAAACACAAAAACUAAAGAAAAAGUUUUUUUUUCACAGGUCUCCAAAAAACCUGGGCUUUCAGAGACUUCCAAACUUUUGGGGACUCUGAUUGUAUAGCACACUUAGAUGAGACUUUUAUACGCCUUUAUAUUAAAUUCAAAAAAAUUCAAAAAAACAUUUUUUGGUUUGGGAAAAGGGAGGGAGUCUCUUUAAGGUAUUUCAUAUAUGUUAAAAAUCAAGUACAUAUAAGACUGAUCUAACUUUAUCUUUGCUAAAUAUUUUUUAUGAUUGUCUAAGUGCACAUAGUCAUUUCCUUGAAUAAUUGUAUUUUGUUUUCUAGAAUUGUCGGAGGAAAAAAUCCAAAUAUUCUUCUCUCUGA